UGGCCUCAUUUACUUAUGAAGACAGUGAGGGUCAAAAAGAAGAUGAAUAAUCUUUCAUUUAGUGAGCUAUGUUGCCUCUUCUGCUGUCCACCUUGUCCAGGGAAAAUUGCUUCAAAAUUAGCAUUUUUGCCACCUGAUCCAACUUACACGCUGAUGUGUGAUGAAAGUGGAAGCCGCUGGACGUUACACCUAUCAGAACGAGCAGACUGGCAAUAUUCUUCUAGAGAAAAAGAUGCUAUUGAGUGUUUCAUGACUAGAACCAGUAAAGGCAACAGAAUUGCCUGCAUGUUUGUGCGUUGCUCACCCAAUGCCAAAUACACUUUACUCUUUUCCCACGGAAAUGCUGUUGAUCUUGGUCAGAUGAGCAGUUUUUACAUAGGACUGGGAUCACGGAUUAAUUGUAAUAUAUUCUCAUAUGAUUAUUCUGGAUAUGGUGCAAGUUCUGGGAAACCAACAGAGAAGAACCUCUAUGCAGACAUAGAAACUCCUUGGUUUGCUCUUAGGACAAGAUAUGGCAUUCGCCCUGAAAAUGUGAUUAUAUAUGGCCAAAGUAUAGGGACAGUACCAUCUGUGGAUCUUGCUGCUUGGUAUGAGAGUGCUGCUGUUAUUCUUCAUUCUCCUUUGACCUCAGGAAUGCGAGUCACUUUUCCUGAUACCAAGAAGACCUACUGUUUUGAUGCAUUCCCAAACAUUGACAAAAUCUCUAAGAUUACCUCUCCAGUAUUAAUAAUUCAUGGGACUGAAGAUGAAGUCAUUGACUUUUCACAUGGCCUCGCAUUGUUUGAGCGUUGCCAAAGACCUGUGGAGCCUCUGUGGGUUGAAGGGGCAGGUCACAAUGAUGUGGAACUUUAUGGACAGUAUCUUGAAAGAUUGAAACAGUUUGUGUCACAGGAACUGGUAAAUUUGUAAAAUAUUCUGAAAAUUUGCAUACUGGGUUUUCUUCCUUGCUGAACUGCACUCUUUGGUAAAUAACAUAAAACCUGAAGGUUUUGUUUGCAAAUCAUGUCAGUUGCCUUCAUAAAUGUACAGGUAAUGAUUUGUUAACAGACUUAAUGAAGGUUUUAAUUACCAAACUAGAAACUGGAAAUAACAGUAUCAUGCAGUCAGGCUGUGUAAUUUAUAUUUUUUCUGUGAAUUUUUUUUUAAACAUCAAGAUGAGUACUGUAUGAAAUUUUAAUUCUAUAAGAUCAAAUGCUAUGAAAGUAUUGCCAAAUGCUUUUGCAUAUCAGAAAUAAAUUUAUAAAUAUUUUUAAAACAUCUCAAUGUACUAAAUCUUAUCCUGGUAUACAAAUGUAAUAUUCUUUCAAUAAAAAGCUGUAUAUCUAAAACAAUUAAAGUGCUCAGAAUAAACUGUAUGAAAACAUGCAAGUUCACUAAAGAUGACCUAAACCCUGUUGUACAGGGAUAGAGAUUUAAAGAUUAUUUUAUUGUAAAAUACAUUGAAUUUUCUGUAUUCCCUGGUUAUCAUACAUUUUCUCCUUUAAAAAAAAAUGAUGUAAGUCUUAAUUUUUGUGCCAUUUGUUAAUUUACCCACUAGUUACCUUGUAAAUGAUAAGUCACAAUAGCACUGAAUUUUAACUAGAUUUAUAAGUUUGGUACUGUGAGGCAACUACUUAAAAUUUUCAUUUUAGUAGUUUAAAAGGCAUUUAGAGCUUCAAGAAUAAUUUUGUACGCAAUGUUGUUUUAAAUUUUGACUAAUCUCUUAGAAAUGCAAUACUGUCACUAUUAGAAAACCUGAAAGUCCAUUAGAUGUUCUUUAAGACCACAAACAGACUGGCUGUUUGAUCCCUUUCACUUUGACUAUUUUUAAGAAUAGGACCUGUUGUUUUGGAUUACUAUCUGAGAGUUUCAUGGAUUUACUCCUGAAUGCAGGAGAUAAGAAAAUGUUUAAUUCAUAACUUUUAUAUUAACGAAUGUAGUGAAAAAAAUAAAGCUCACACAAAAACUAAGUUGCCUUUCCUUGAAUGAAUCCUGCUUGAAUAAAACAAUGAAAGAAAAAUAAAAAUAAAAUUAAUGGUAUGUAGUCUAAUUUGUAAAUGAAUGAAUAUUGAAAUAAUACACACUGUGGAUAUAUUUUAAGGCCUUAUGUAGUUUUAAUUGUUCUGCUUGUUCUGUGGUUAUGUCUAAGACUAUAGUGUAUGAUUCUCUUCAAAGUAUAUCAAGUAUUGUGAAUGCUUUGGUUCAGAUGUGUCAAAUUAACAGUAAAACAAAAAUAUGCCAC